AUGUGGAAGAAUCUGGCGUCAUGGCAUGAAUUUGCAUUAGAGCAAGGUACGGAGAAGACUGAAGAAGACAUAGUUUUCGUCAGAGGUUGGGUGAAAGCCAAGCGAUGGAUAGUGACCGCGGUGGCAGGACAUCGGGAGAAGAGCGCACAGCUGUCACUGGAGGGAGACUUUGGAUCGAUCGUGCAGGCGUCGGUGAAUGGCUCAUUGACGCAGACGCAUGACUCAGGGUACAUCUCGCGAUCCGGCCCACCGACAGAGAAGGGUACAGGAGAUCAGCACAAGAACAAAAGCGCGCUGAAGUACAAUCAAUGCAUCUUCAUGCACUACUACAAGAUGAAGAAACGCCUCAGGAUCUUCCCCACCAUCUUGAAAGCGGCCGCUGAGCCAAAAGAUCCCGAUACUGGUCCCCCGGAUGACGACAACGACUUUGAGAUAGAGCAAGUCCCAUCGAAUGCGAAGCCAUAUGAUCCUGUGGGCGAAGUUCUCGAUUACAUUCUUGAGGCAGAAGCAACCAGCGCAAUAGCGAGCGACUUUGAUCUGCGCCUCCUGUGCAAGGAUAGUGAUAUCCCCGACGAUAUCCCCACAUUCCUUCAGGAAUCUCAGCCUCAGAUCGAAGUAAACGAGAACGGACUCGGAAUGUUAUCCUUCGACGAUGAGACGGUUGCCCAAUAUCAGCUCAGAUUCUCAGUUCCCGUCGCUCAGCUCGACUCCAACCCGAGUUCCGACGCCCCCAUCCACGAAUCCUCCACUCUACAAACCGCUGCAGGGGAAGUCGGUGGACGUGAUGAUCGGUCAGCCACAUCCGGUCAUAAUAAGGCCAACGAUCACGUGCAGAGAGGGACUCUACCAUCAUCGGAAGAGGGCCACCCUCCUCACCAACCUGACCACACCGAGGAAUCCUCAAAGCUAAUGGCAGCAGCAGCAGCAGCACCACACGCGUUCGUCGAGCUCGUGCCUCCUGAGGGGGCAGGGAUGCUCAUUGCCCUAGAAGUCUCUCCAAAUAGCCAGUUCGCUGUGGCGGGCUUCGAAGGGUCCAUCUCAUGCACCUGGGAUAACGAGGUUAUGAAUCCACUGCCCGGUCACGAAGACAUCAUCACAGCAAUCGCAUUCUCCCGGGACGGAACCCUCGUCGCCACUGGCUCUCGCGACAAGCGCAUCAUCGUACACCACGUACCGAGCCUAGAACGUGAAAUCACGCUCGAGGGCCACACGAACCUGAUCAAGGACGUGGCGUUCUCGCCCGACAAAGAGCUUCUCGUUUCUGGGUCCGUCGAUUUCACUGUGCGCCUGUGGUCCCUCACCAAUGGAAGCAAGCUCGCUGAAGGGCACCACGACGCAAUGGUAAUGAAAGUCGGGUUUUCGCCGGAUGGGACCCGCUUCGUGUCCGCAAGCGCCGACAGUACCGUGUGUAUCUGGAGCACCGAGGACGGUGCAGCACUUUCCGUUCUUCACGGCCACAUGGGCGUGAUUCACGCAAUGUCGUUCUCGUCCGACGGCCGCCGCAUUGUGACGGGCUCUGACGACGGUAAAGCGAAGGUGUGGAGCGCGGUAUCUGGCGACUGUUUCGUCACGAUCGACGAAAAGGCAGGCGUGGUCCGGCAGGCGAUGUUCUCGCCAGACGACCAGUACGUGCUGACCGCCGGCACGGACAUGAUGGCGAGAGUCAACGACUCAUUCACGGGCGAGCGAGUCCGGGUGAUAGAGGGUGGCCUCGAUCUGCAAACCGCAACGACGUUCACGCUCGAUGGCAAGUAUGUCGCGGCAGGCGGCCACGGCAAUGCGAUCAAUAUCUGGAACACCGAUACUGGGGAUCGUGUGGCACAAUUUUUGGGUCAUCAGGACACCGUCACCUGUAUUCGGUUCUCUGUGGAUGGGUUGCGUGUUGUUUCUUACUCGGAGGACAACGUGUUACUGUCGUGGAAAGUGAGUGAUGCUAUUUUGGCACUCCCUGCGGCACCCCUUGCGGCGCCCCCUGAGGAAGUCGCAGUGCCAGUAGACCAAGCGUAA